CGGUCCCGAGCACAGACGUCCCCCUUCGCGCACGGUCCAGCACAGCCCGGCUUCACUCCCGCCUCGCCGUCCACGCAGACCAGCCUCUCUCUCCGCCCGUCAGAGUUCGUCAAGCGAGUGGGUUUUUUUUAUUGGGCCGGCAGAUCCUUCGCUUCGGACAUUUCGUGGUUAAUAUCUGGACUAUAGUUGUGUGGAUUCUGCCGAAGGAGAGACGACUCCCGCUUCCCCUGGAACGGCCAAGCCUUCAGGAGGCGAGAAAUACCGAUUCAAAAAGUGCGUUGGAAUAGGAUGUGCUGACAGCCUCCCGCGAUGGAGAGAGCGAUGUUGCUGAAUAUGCUCCUGCUGGCGCUGGUAGCCUCUGCGACUGCCCAGCUCGCGCCUGUAUACAACCCCGGAGGAACCCCAGAGCCUGUCGUCGUGGAAGCAACGCCUACUGCCGAAGCCCCGACGGCGAAACCUGCUGCAGCCGCUGAGUAUGUGACGAAGACCGUCUACGGGUUCCUGGACUUCACCACGACCGUCGGUUCCACUGUUAUGAUCUUCACGCCACAGAGUCAAAGUGCAAAGCCGAAGCCCAGCAAGACCCGAGACCCCGUGCUGCCUUCGCGGCUGAACCGCCCCUCUUCCCGGAUAACGCUGAGACCGACGCCCACACCCACGCCCACGAUACCCAAAGUAACUGCCACUCCAGCCCCUUCAGUGCUCCCUUCAAAGCUCCCCGCCAUUUCCUCCUCCUCCACCCUCCAGUCGUCCUUCUUCGAGGAUCACACCGCCCUUGACAUCGAGACCCUCUUCGACGUUACUCCCGACGAAGAGAUUAUCUUUGAAUACGACGCCGAGUAUCCGCAGUACGAAGAGCUGGUGGUCGAGGAGUUGGCCGAGGAGGCGAAGGAAGAGCUGAGGAAGCCCACCGCGGCUCCGACUCGCCCGAAGCCCUUCCGCCGGUUCAAGUCAUCUUCCUCCCAGGAACAAGGGAACCGCCGUCGAUUGGACCUCAACUACUUCAACAGCCGCAAGAAGACUCCGUCUCUGCGUCGGCAGACCGGAGGGUCCACCAUCGUCCCCAUCACGAUCGAGGGCACAGGCACGUUCGCCCCAAAGUCUACGUCAGUGAUCCGCCCCACUGUGGUUCCAACCACGCCUACGGAGGUUGUUGUCAGCGCUACACAAGGUUUUGCAACUCUUAGUGUCAUUGGGCCUUUCAGUACCGCUAUCAACAACGAGCUGGGUCAGGUUAAAGAGCACUAUGACUUCCUAUCUUCUGCACCUGUCUUGGAUGUUGAAGAGACGUACGAUGUAUAUGAUGUGGAGCCUACAGCCUCACUGGAGGACCUGUACAGCUCUGGUUUGGUAACAAGUGAUUCGAGCUUCCCUACUGGUCUUGUCACUAAGCUUGGCGGUACCAUUGUGUCAGAUGGCCUCAUCACCGUGCACGAAACCAGUGUCAUUGGCACAUACAUCGCAGGACAAUAUGCCCAGAUCUUGCAGAGCACAUCUCACAUCUUCCAAACCACUCCUGUCCCUGAGAUUUCCUUGAACAGUCCAUCUCUCCCUGAGGACUAUGAAACCGUCAAAUCAGUCAUCAAAGGCUCCGCUACUCAGUUCUUGAGUCCCGAGUCUACUGCGUCUUUGCCGCUGGAAUCUCUCUUCUCGGAACCUUCAAGCCGAGAGCGCAACAGCCGGAAGGACGAGGAAGGAGGCUCGGCCAUCCAGGCUCGUCUCCGCGAAGCCUUGGCCAAGCGCCUGGGGUCCAGCCAGAGCCAAAAUACUCGUCAGGAUCGUUCUCGCCUCGCCCAGGACCCUUACGUCGACGAGGAGAAAGAUGAGUUUGACCUCAAACUCUCGGGAUCGGAUCUGCGACCUUCCUUCGGGUUCCGAGGAUCAACACCCGUCACCAGGACACCCCGAGUGAGCACUCUCUACGCCGAGGAGGUCAAGCCCACCACUUUCCGGCCAAGGUUCAAGCCGACCCCCACACGCCGCUUUGGCAGCAGCCGGCCAACGUCCCUGCGGUCCCCUCCAAAUGCUCCCUUCAGACAGACACGACCUGCCAACCGCUGGCGACUGAACACGUCACCAAGACCCAAAGUAAAUAUCAACAGGCGCCCCGUCAAUCAGCCAGAUAAUUAUGAUGAUCUUCAGGCUGCUGACGAAUCGCAAUCUAUUUCCCGACCAACUGUACCCGAGCCCAUUAUUCCUGAAGGGGGAGAGGAAACCCUGAGGAUUGUGACCAGCACACCGGCUGAUGGAGCCACAGAUGUCUGGUUUGAAGUUGCUACCAUUAGGUCGCUUCACACGUUCCGCGUCGGCACAACAAAGAAUACGCGUUACGUCACGUUCACGAAGACCACGACCCACAGCAUCGACCCAACGCCUUCGCCCCUUGGGCCUCAGGACGACCUCUACGAAACGCCGCUCUUUGAAAACAUCCUGGACGAUGGACCUCGUGACGUGUCGACCCUUCCUCCAGUCGACCUCGGCGAGAGUGACGUGACUGCCCUGCUCGAGACGGUGACAGAGACGUUCAGCACUACGGAGUUGAUGAAGAAGACGUCGGUGCUUCCCGUGCUGCACGCAGGUGAAACCUCGUUCUACACUCUGACGCAGACCUACCACAUCACCCGCGUGGUCACCGCCCUCAAGACGUUGCCGCCCUACGAGGCAUUUUCCUUCAUCCCAGAAAACUCGCUGAACGAGUUCAAUGGCCAGCUUUUGGCAGAGGGAACCGAGAACGACGAGUCCCUCUUGCCUGGCGAAGUGGAGUAUGACGAAAAUGGCGAAAUUGUUGACACGACAAGUGGCACUCGAGUGCCUCCACCACCAGGAUUCCCCUUCCAGGACCCCAACCUUGCAGAAUUAGCUGGAGGCCAAUUCAAUCCCGACGUUUUUGAGAAACAGCUGCACCCACAACUGACAGCAGCUCUUCAGCAGAGGAAUCAGAUGCAGCAGAAGCAUGGCAGUGCAGCACGACCUCAGCUAAGCUCAGGUCAGCUCGCAGCCCCCGGAGACCCCGCUAUUGCAACUCCGAGCCUGACAGCUGAGCAACUGCAGCAGCUGGCGUACCUCCGCCUCAUCAACCCCUACGGCUUCGGCGGGUUCCCUCCCGUCCAGCAGCAGCAACAGACCACCGUUACCUCCUCUCCAGUCACCAUCACCACCGACAUCACCACCACGUCCACACGCGUCCUCCGCGUCAUCUUUAACGCCCGUCCUAUCUUCACCACCAUCAGCAGCGUCGAAGUCGUCCACACGACCAUCACCUCUUUCGAAACGGCAACCGUUACCGUCGCCCCAACCCUCCCCUCCUUCCCCUUCCCCUUCCCCGGGUCUCCCUUCCCGGUGGGCUAAGGAGCCUCGAGAGCGAGCGAGGCCUUAGAGGGCGACGGAGGCGCGGUCUCCGCCCUCGUUCCCGCCCGCUUCCUUGACGCCGAGUGCUGGCACUCUGCACUUAACCUCUACUAACCCCUUGAUAGUCUGACAAUCAGUGUUCAGGCGUGGAAGGUUAUCAUCAGGUCUUCAUUCUGACUUCCGGCAAAGAGAAAGCAAACGUGGGGAAGGAAAAAAUGAACAGAAAGUGUGAUGGGUAAAAAAGACCUUUUUAAUACCAUGAAAUAUAUGAUAAAACGCUCAUUCUUCCCUUCUCCUUUAAUCAACAGAUAAUGCGUCUAUUAUCCAUGAGAGAUUUGUUAUUGUAGGAUAUUGACUAUAUAUAGUAGACUCACAAAUGCCAAAUAGCUGAAGCAUCUCUAACGAUGAAAAUGGUACUAGAUCACGUAAAGAUCACACUUUAUCAAUUAAUCAUUAUUCGGUGUCACAGUUCGUACAGCGAAUGACAUCCAAUGCUGAUUAUUCUGAUACUGGGCAGGUGAUCAUUAUAAUAAACUCAUAAAACAAAGAAGCCAUUAGAUUCGAAUAUGUUAAAUACUGGGUGACCAAAAAGGUUGUUGAGUGCAUUGAACAGCCAUCAAACUCCGUCGUUGUUUCUUUGUGGGAUUUAAAUAGCAAAGAGUUGUCGACAGGGUUACUGACUGACUGUUCCUUUAACUCUUUGAUAGUAGAUUGUCCUCUGUUUCUCAUUUUAAAUUUGAGCUGGUGGAUAAGUAGAUUGUUUUAUAGAUAUACUAUUAGGUUAUUAUUCAGAUAGACAAAACAAAUGGAUCUGUAGAUUAACUAAUUGAAGCAACAUGUAGACACACACACACACACACACACACACACACACACACACACACACACACACACACACACACACACACACAUACAAACACACACACACACACUAUAGUUAUUUCAUUCAUUUUCUUCUCAUUAUUUUCUUGAUAAUAGUAUUUCAUAGCAAACCUACAGGUUUCAUCUUUUCUUCAGGGAAUCGGUCCAUUAAAAAAAAAAGUUUCAGAAUAAAUAUAAACUUCUGCUCUCUGCAAUCUGUCUUACUGGUAGCACGGAUAUCCUUAAGACAAACUUUCACCCAUUCUUUAAAA